ACAAGUGGUAUAUAAAUAGAGGAAUGGGAAGAGGAGAUUGGUUGUCUUCUCUGUCUUGUAAUAUAAAGAAGCUUAAAAAUCAGAAAGUGUUUUAAUUUUUCAAGUGUCGGUGAAUUCCCAAACCUUCUCUUCUUUCUUCUCCUCACGUCUUUAAACUCUCUUCCCUUCGCAUGUAACCCUUUCGCCGCUCACAAAAUAUCUUUUCUCUCGAGAAACUCAGAUCGAAUAAGAAAAACGCCGAUGAUUCUGUGAUUUUUUCUGGAGUUUUUUUUUUAUGGAGACGGGAGCGAAAGUAACGGCGGCGACGAUGGGGAUAGGGACGAGGAAAAGAGAUCUGAAACCGUACAAAGGGAUACGGAUGAGGAAAUGGGGGAAGUGGGUGGCUGAGAUUAGAGAACCCAACAAGCGUUCCAGGAUCUGGCUCGGUUCUUACUCUACUCCCGAAGCGGCGGCGAGAGCUUACGACACUGCUGUUUUCUACCUCCGUGGUCCUUCGGCGAGGCUCAAUUUCCCGGAGCUUUUGGCUGGACUUACUGGUUCAGGCGGUGGUGGAGAUAUGUCGGCGGCGUAUAUAAGGAGAAAAGCGGCGGAGGUUGGUGCUCAGGUGGACGCGCUCGGAGCGACGGUGGUGGUGAAACCCGGCGAGAGUCUCGGUGGUUACGAGGAUAAGGAUAACUGUAAUGGAGUUAAGAGCGGUAACGGGUCGUUGGAACGGGUCGAUUUGAAUAAGUUGCCCGACCCGGAAAAUUCGGAAGAUGACGACCAAUGGGUGAAGAGGAGAUAGAAGGAAAAUAUAAUAAUAAUAAAAAAAAUGUAGUUGUAGAAUAAGAAUGUUUGUCUCUACGAUGCGCAUCCAUGAUGCACCGUGGUCGCUAAGAUGCGCAAUCCAUUUUAUUUUUGCUUCACCACUCGAUGGAAGAUUUAAAAUGUGCCACUUACAAUUUUACAAAUAGAUUGUAAGUGAACUAGCUAUGAUGAUUCAAUGGGUUGUAUGGUCUUUGUAUUAACGAAACACGUAUUCAAUUGGAGGGCUACUCCAUCCAUAGGUUGUAUACAUGGUUGUUUUUUGGUCGGUUGAUUUACUUUAAGAGGUGUUCUGAUUUUGUGUGUCAUGAUUUAGAUAAGAGAAUAAGUACUGUAUUUACGUGUU